CCAAAAAUACAUGAUAAGCAUGUAUCAUUUCAUAUUCGUAUUACGUUUGAAAAGAAUAUAUAAAAAUAAAUAAAAGUUUCUGGAAAUAUUAUUAUUAUUCCCCUUAAAGAAACUUUUUGCCGCCGAGCUUCACUAGACCACUGGAGAACGAUCAUCUACCCAACUUUUGGAAUAUCAAAUUCUCCCUCUUAAAUCAAAACCCUUUUUACUUCUCUCCAAUUCAUCCAGAUUAGCCCUUCCAAAAAAAAAAAAAACCAAUUGAGAAACAGAUAGUUGAGGGGAGAGAAGAGGAAUUGGGUAAGAUUAUUCAGUUAUUGGGAUGGGGAGAGGCACGAAAUCGCAUCGGAUACUGAAAGACCGGGCUAUGAACCGUGUGGACGAUCUUCAACUGAUGUUCAUGGAUCUGCAGUCUGCAAGGAAAGAGAGCCGAAAUAUCGAUAUGGUUGUUCUCGAGGAACAGGUUCAUCAGAUGCUAAAAGAAUGGAAGAAGGAACUUAACCAGCCUUCCCCUGCAUCUUCUUUGCAUCAGGGUGGAAGCUUAGGGUCUUUUUCCCCGGACAUAAGUAGGCUGUUGCAGCUUUGUGAUGAAGAAGAUGACGGUGUAACCAGCGGGUUAGCUGCCCCAAAACCCGACCCAGAUGCUCACAAUAUUAGUCCAAAUUCUAUUGUGAACAACGCGAACUUUGUCGUAACCCCGGUGUCUCAAGAGCACGAGUUUAAGUUGCUUGAUCAAUACAAAGAUUCGCAUUUGGGGAUAACCACAGCAGGAGGACAGAAUACUGGUGUUGAUAAUCAGUUUGAUUAUUUUUCAUUCAAUUCGCCACCUGAAUUUGAGCCCAACGGUAUUGGAGGGAUCUAUGGCGUUUGGGGCGAAGAUGGUUUACCGCAAGUCACUAGCUUUCUGUCUAAUAUCUGCCCUCCCCCUUCGGCUUUCCUCGGACCAAAAUGCGCGCUUUGGGAUUGCCCCAGACCGGCUCAAGGCUGGUGGCCCGAGAGGCCCGUUCAAUGGUGGUGCACCAGCUACUGCAGCAGUCUGCAUGCUGUGGUGGCACAAAACGAAGGUCAACCGGGGAUGACUCCAGUCAUACGGCCUAAAGGCAUCGAAUUGAAGGAUAAUUUACUAUUCGAUGCACUUAGUGCUAAAGCACAAGGGAAGAAUGUAGGUGUUCCGGUUUGUGAAGGUGCCGCUACUGCAAAAUCACCAUGGAAUGCUCCUGAGCUCUUUGAUCUAUCGGUUUUUGAGGGUGAAAUGCUCCGAGAGUGGUUAUUUUUUGAUAAACCACGAAGGGCAUUCGAGAGUGGAAACAGAAAGCAAAGAUCACUCCCUGAUUACAACGGUAGGGGCUGGCAUGAAUCGAGAAAGCAAGUGAUUAAUGAAUCUGGAUGGCUAAAAAGAUCGUAUUACAUGGAUCCGCAGCCCAUGAAACUCGUUGAAUGGCAUCUUUACGAAUACGAGAUCAACAGAUAUGAUGCUUGUGCAUUGUAUAGAUUGGAACUAAAGCUUGUUGACAGAAAAAAGAAUCCAAAGGGAAAGAUCUCUAGUAUUCACACAUCUAGAUAUCUAAAUCGCCCGUUGGUGAUAUAGUUAUAACAUGUUACAAUCAUUAACAUUGUCACUUGUAGUGUGACAUGUUUUCUAUUAUUAAUUUUACAUUGUACCCAAAAUCAACCUUAGGCAUAACAACUGUUCUUUUUAUGAAGAGCAACACCCGGUUUUCUUCA